CGCAAGAGUUCCAAAGACAGUGACGAUGAUAAGCCGAAGCGUAAAGGCCGUAAAAUGGUGCGGCACUCUAAGGAGCUCAUAGAGGACAGCGAUGCGGAUGCCAUGUCUGACAGGGAACAGAGUAACCAUGGCAACCGAGGGGAUGAUAUGGAUGCAGACACAGUGGGACUUUCUGGGACGGAGAGUGCUACAGAGGGAGGUGAUGGAAAGGAUGUAAAUAUCAGCGACAGGAAAGGUGAUGUCCCAGCGGCCGGAGAGGGAGAUAGCGGAGACGAAUGA